AGGAGGUGGCGGCGGUCAGCCAUAUUGUCUCUGAUACAGCAGAAAUCACACACCGGCGACGAAGGGUGGCGAGGACUGCUGGGGUGACCAAACUGAGCUUGUUGGAAAGCAAUUCGGUCGUCGAAUUGAUCAAAGGGGCUAUCCCACCGUGCCCCUGGUGGCCCCUCCCCCCGUCCUCAGGUAAAACCCCUCCCCCCAAACCCCCUUUCCCUGUUUGCAUCAACCCCCCCUCGCCCCCUUUUACCUUCCCUCCUCUUCCUCCCUCCUUCCCACCCGUCCCCCACCUCCCAAUACUCCAACCGUCCUCCGCUGCAGUAAGGCCUUCCCACCAUCUCUGCCAAGCUGUCGGACAUGUCAGGACCCGUGCCGAGCCGGGCCCGAGUGUACACCGAGGUCAACACUCACCGGCCGAGGGAGUACUGGGACUACGAGUCCCACGUAGUGGAAUGGGGAAACCAGGAUGACUUCCAGCUGGUGCGGAAGUUGGGCCGAGGCAAGUACAGUGAAGUCUUCGAGGCCAUCAACAUCACCAACAAUGAGAAGGUGGUGGUGAAGAUACUGAAGCCCGUCAAGAAAAAGAAAAUCAAGCGUGAGAUCAAGAUUUUGGAGAAUCUACGUGGAGGUCCGAACAUCAUCUCCCUCAUUGAUAUUGUUAAAGACCCUGUAUCUCGGACACCUGCUUUGGUCUUUGAACACGUCAACAACACAGACUUCAAGCAACUGUACCAGACCCUGACAGACUAUGACAUCCGAUUCUACAUGUACGAGAUCCUCAAGGCUCUAGACUACUGCCACAGCAUGGGCAUCAUGCAUAGAGACGUAAAGCCUCAUAACGUGAUGAUCGACCAUGAACACCGCAAGUUACGCCUUAUUGACUGGGGUCUGGCAGAGUUCUACCACCCAGGACAGGAGUACAACGUCAGAGUGGCCUCCCGCUACUUUAAAGGACCGGAGCUCCUGGUGGACUAUCAGAUGUAUGACUACAGUCUGGACAUGUGGAGCCUGGGCUGUAUGCUGGCCAGCAUGAUCUUCAGGAAGGAGCCCUUCUUCCACGGACAUGAUAAUUAUGACCAGUUGGUGAGAAUAGCCAAGGUUUUGGGGACAGAAGACCUCUACGACUACAUCGACAAAUACAACAUUGAGCUAGAACCUCGUUUCAACGACAUCCUGGGAAGGCAUUCCCGUAAGCGGUGGGAGCGCUUCGUCCACAGUGAGAACCAACACCUGGUCAGCCCAGAGGCUCUGGACUUCCUGGACAAGCUGCUGCGCUAUGAUCACCAGGCCCGGCUGACUGCCCGCGAGGCCAUGGAUCACCCUUACUUCUUUCCCAUCGUGAAGGAUCAGUCUCGUGUGGUCGGUUCAGCUAACCUGCCCAGUGGGAACACAGCUGUUAGCACAGCCAGCAUGAUCACUGGUAUCUCUGCCUUGCCAGCCUCCACUGCCCUUGGCCCGCUCACUGGCUCGCCGGUCCUGUCUGCUGCCACCAACGUCCUGAGCACCCCGGUGCCCGCUGCAGCCGGCGCCCCGCAGUGACACCCUAUCCACCCAACCCCACCCCCACACCUCUCCUUCCCCCAAUCUCUCCCACAACCACCCAAGCCAGGGGGGUGCAAGGGGGAAAAAACUAGACAGGUGCCACUCUCCACAUCCAACCUAACUCAGCGUGACCGCGCCUCUCACCACCCUCCUGGCUGGAGGGAGCCUGUCGUUUAAGAAAAGAAAGAUGUUUUUUUUCUGUUCUAUCCAUCCUUUCCUCUUUUUUUCCCCCUCCCUCCCCCCCUUCCUCGAACGAACGUGUUAACCUGACAUCCGAAAUGAAUGUUCUGUGUAAUUGAAAUAUACAGGUAACUCCAAUCAUUCUCCGACAAAAGCCGUAGUGAAUAACUAAAAAGGGGCGCGUGUGUGCGUGCGUGUGUGUUGUUGUGCGGUGAGUCCAGGAGCGAUCGUGCACGGCUGAUUCAUGUUUUUUUUUUUUUUUUUUUUUUUUUAAAUUAAAGUUUGGAUUGUGAAGGCACUGGUUAAUAAGUACAUCAGCAGAAGGUGAAAGGAAAGAGCUGUUGGCCAUCAGGACCAAAAAAAAGGAGCAGAUCCUGAAUAGUUUACUACCGCAGCAUCGUCAAAAAAACAAAUCAUCCCCCCCUCCUCCUCCUCAGAUUGAGUCGAAACCCCCUCCAGAUCACAGCAUUUUUGGAAAUGUUUGGUGCUGUUCUGUGCUCCAGGUGUAUGUGAACACAAUGACACUUCAACACUUUCUCUGCCUGAGUAGUUUUUUGUCUUGCCUUUCUUACCAAAACCAGAUCACCAGUCUUCUUUUUGAUAUAUGCGGACCCCCCCCUCCUCCUCCUUACCAUCACGUCACGCCCUCCAUUCAUUUGUUUUUUGUACUGAAAUGUUCUGGACUGCUGGAUAAAUAAUAAGGUUCAUUCACCAUCAAGUGGUUUGAUCAGCAGUAGUGUUGUACUAUAAAUCCUCUUUCAAAGAAGCCAGGUAAGGUUCAUUCAGGUUCUCCAAGACAUGGUUUCUCAAACGUGCUGCUUUUUUCCACUUCCUUGAAUUACUUCAAGUGGCUUUUCUUGAAUUCCUUCAAGACAUAACCAAAGUUUACUCAGUCGGUUGGAAAGAAGAGACUGACCACAACCGAGCUUUGUUCGAAUGGAAGUUACUCGUGGAGAGAUGCUGUAACGCAGGUUGACAAUGUUGGUUCUAGUUAAACACGGUCACAUGAUGUAAUAAUUCUCUGCAGGUGACUGAAGUGCUGUUUUUAGAUGAAGAGAGUUCAGUUCAGUGAAGUGUAGUGACAUGGGUAAGCUUUGUGAUGAGUAUUACACAUUAUUGGCUAUUUACCAACAUUAUGAGGGGAAGUUUUGAAGUUCUAAUAAUGACUAGCACUUGAAGGGUAGAGUACCCCCCCCCCCCCCCCCCCCCCCCAGUAUUUUAGUGCCAGAGUUUGAAAAGUGUAAGUUUUAGAUCCUGCUGUACAUACGCAUCUUUUUUUUUUUUUUUUUUUUUUUUCAUUUCAAAACCUGGAAAAUGCAAAUAAAUCAGAACAUGUAUACAUUGGCCUGAGAACGGAGCAGUUUGAGUCCCUACAUCACUGUAUAUAUUUUUAUGUUCUUAUGUAGAAGACUAGUAUUUGAAAAUAUUUGUGUAAAUAAACACGUGUUUUAUUU